UGAGGCUUAAAAAUGGAUCGCGCUGUACUGACUUGUAACAAUCUCCAUGCCCUCUGACCUUAACAGUUUGACACUGCUGUCUUACUUAAAUAUUGUACAGAAAAACAUCCGGAUCAAAGGAAGUGGCCAGUGCCUGAGUGACUCGUGCGUAAAAUCCGCAGAUCGGGAUUUUACGCAAACAGUUUGCGCAAAACGCACGGUCACAAGGUUAUUUGGUUCACAAAACUCCCACCUCUUUGGUGGCGCAAGAUCAUCUGAGCCACUGUCUCUGCCUCAGAUCAAGCUCGGCCCCUGCAUACCUGCAUUAAUCGGCGGCAGACUUGAGUUGUACUUCCACAUUCCAUAGCCCAGAGUUUUUACCUGUUUUGCAAGAGCUCACCUUGAUGUUAAAACAGAGGGAGGUCUAACUUAUACCUUUACUGAGCAUGAUAACAUUUAUAGGCUGAAGAAUCGUUUUUGGGGUAGCUUUACGCACGAACCGCAGCUGGAAAGUUGCUGAUAAUAUUAUUUAAAAUGUAUUCAUUAUGAUUUUUCAUUAUUUUAAAAUCAAUAAACUAAAAAAAACUGCUAAAAGAUGUAGUUUUGCAGCUGCAAAAUCCAAAAGAAGUGUCACUCUCCUCACAUGACAAGUCGCUGCUUUAUGAAGUAAAUCCAGCCGUCAGUAUGUUUACCAACCCCAAGCAGCUCGCUCAUUCCUUCCAUCCUUUCACUGUGGGGAGAUCUUUCAUGGUACCCUCUUCUCUUACAAUGGCUGGAGCCUGCAGGUGUUGAGUGAGAGUCCUGAUGCUGAGACGAUAAAGGAAAAAAAAACAAAAAACUGCACUCUCUCUCAUCAAAAUUUGCCCCAAAAGCUGAGAUCCAAUCAUGACUAACGACUAAUCAUUUUAGGCUGCACCAAAUAUAGAAAAUGUCUUUUUAUUUAAAGGAUUUUGGAUUAAAAAUUAUGAUUUCCAGGAAUAAUUCGCACCCUACUUUCUCCAAAUCAUUAACAUUUGAGUUCCACAUUCAAGUUCAUUUGUUUGUUUUCUAGAGGACAAUAUGUCAAAAAAGAAAAAGUGAUGUAAGGAGUUUCUCUCCUUUCUGGAGCUGUGGGGAAGGUGCGAGCUCCGGGCAGCCAGCGCCUCUGUUUGUUUACUUUCUGGCUGGAUGGUUGGGGUUGUGGUGGAGGCGGCGGCGGCAGCGGCAGCAGCGGCGGCGGGGGCUGUACGGUGAUGAUGAAUGAAAGCUCUCCGCCCGUCCAACGGGGAUCGGAUCAGUGUCACCCCAUUGUCCCGCUGUGGCAGAGUGGGCGGAUAGCAGUGUCUCUCCCUGCCCAAUGGCAGGCACGACUCUCACGAGAGUGAAGAGAGGCACUUUUCUGCCAUGCAGAAUCCCUAAAACCAGCAUCAUUCCGGGCUCCGAAAUCCCACAGUCAGUGAGCAACAGCCUCCGCUGCCGAGAGAUGACAGAGCGCGCUCCGGCGCACACGCGGCCCCGGGAGCUUGGAGCUGCAUAGAAACCACCUCACCGGAGACUUUAUUGUUAAUUUUUUAUCUUCCAUUUUUAUUGGAUUUGCCUCGAAAGGGACUAUAAGCCGAGCAUUAAGGGAUUCCUUUUCCAUCCUGCCCGCGCGGUCUCCACUCGGUCUGAUCGUUGCCAUUUGCUCCAUGUCAUCAUGAUCAUCUUCUCGUCGCGCAGUGUACUGCUGUCAGUCUACUACCCGCAGAUCUUCCUGAUCCUGACGAGCGGCAGCUACCUGGCCCUGUCCUCGGUGGUGGCUCUGGGGGCCAACAUUAUCUGCAACAAGAUUCCUGGGCUGGCUCCUCGGCAGAGGGCCAUCUGCCAGAGCCGCCCAGACGCCAUUAUUGUUGUGGGCGAAGGCGCCCAAAUGGGCAUCAAUGAGUGUCAAUACCAGUUCCGAUACGGACGCUGGAACUGCUCGGCGCUCGGGGAGAGGACUGUCUUUGGCCAGGAGCUGCGAGUAGGCAGUCGGGAAGCAGCGUUCACCUACGCCAUCACGGCAGCAGGGGUGGCCCACGCCAUCACGGCUGCCUGCAGUCAGGGCAACCUGAGCCAGUGCGGCUGCGACCGCGAGAAGCAGGGCUACUACAAUCAGGAGGAAGGCUGGAAGUGGGGGGGCUGCUCAGCUGACAUCAAGUAUGGCAUUGAGUUCUCCCGCCGCUUCGUGGAUGCCCGGGAGAUUAAAAAGACGCCCCGCCGGCUGAUGAACCUGCAUAACAAUGAGGCCGGCAGGAAGGUUUUAGAAGAAAGGAUGAAACUGGAAUGCAAAUGUCACGGUGUUUCCGGCUCCUGCACCACUAAAACCUGCUGGACGACACUUCCAAAGUUCCGGGAGAUUGGCUACAUACUCAAAGAGAAGUACAACGAAGCGGUUCACGUGGAGGUGGUCCGGGCCAGCCGCCUGCGCCAGCCCACCCACCUCAAGGUGAAGCAGACUCAGGGUUAUCGCAAACCCAUGGAAACGGACCUAGUUUACAUUGAGAGGUCGCCCAACUACUGCGAGGAGGACGCAGCCACGGGGAGCGUGGGCACCCAGGGACGCCUGUGCAACCGCACCUCGCCGCACACGGACGGCUGUGACCUCAUGUGCUGUGGGCGGGGCUACAACACGCACCAGUACACCAAAGUGUGGCAGUGCAACUGUAAGUUCCAGUGGUGCUGCUUCGUCAAAUGCAACACUUGCAGUGAGAGGACGGAGGUGUUCACCUGCAAAUAAGGACUCGAGGAACUCCAGCAGGAGGAGACGGAGCGCCGAAAACGAGGACGACCCGACAGAGCGAGAUAUCCGUGUGGAGGGAACUAAAGGAACGGAUUUGACACUCUUCAUGGCAUCGAUUUGCACAGCAGAAUUAUUGACUUUUGAAAAGUAAUUGCUAAAUAUACGUAGGUAAUAGCCCAGAACUUUGUGCUCAUGUACUGGUUGGGACUACCUAAAACGAACGAGGUCCUCGGUGGACAUCUGUGCAUUGCAUUGUGGGAUUGCUCAGCUCAUGGCUGACUUGCAUGGAGCUCAGAGGAGCACAGGAGAACGACAGCAGCUGUUGUGAGGUAACCAACAGACGUCUGUCUGCUUACAGAGAGAAACAUUUAUGAAAUUAGCCGUAUUUUCACUAAGGGGUGGGGGGGGCAUGACAUGGACUCUAAAUCCGCUUUGUUAGAGGUCUGUAGAAACUGGGAACCCUUUGUAAGUGCGGCGCAAUGUGUGGCGCCAAAUUGUGAGUGGAGAACUCUGUUCAGCCCUCUGCUGCCAACUGGAAAAUGGUGGAGUUUGUUAGUUUUCCAGUAACACUGGAACUGUCUGUUCUGAACACUGAAAAUAAAUUGUCUAUUUAUGUUAUAGUAUCUUAAACAAAGCACUAACGGGUAGAGAUGUCUUUUUUUUUGUACUAAAUGUAAAGAAAAAUAUUUUUUUGAAAUUCUGACUGAAGCUUUGUGUCUCUUCGAAAGUGACCCUACAUUCCUUAAAACACUUUUUAUUUUUCUAUUUAAAAAAACACGACAAAAGGUUUCAUUGCCACUGAUAUGUUUACAACAAAAGACAUUAUAACUGUGUAAUACACAUAUAAACACUUUAGCUGGUU